AUGGCUUCCGCAAAUUCACAACCAGUUUUUAGAGAUGGUGGUAGCAGUAACAAGCCCCCAUUGUUCAGUGGUGAAUAUUUUGAUUUUUGGAAAAUUCGUAUGAAGGCACAUUUAGAAGCACAAGGAGAUGGUAUGUGGAAAGCCGUUGUUGAAGGACCAUUUGUUCCUAUGAGUGUUGUAAAUGGUGUAGGCACACCCAAAAUCCAAAGUUCAUGGGAUGAGGAUGAUAAGAAAAAAGUACUCAACGACAAAAAGGCAAUCAAUAUACUUCAAAGUGCACUUAGCAUGGAUGAAUUUUUCCGUAUUUCAACAUGUGAAACAGCAAAGGAAAUAUGGGAUACAUUGGUGGAAACUCAUGAAGGAACCGUUGAAGUUAAAAGAUCUAGAUUGAACACCUUGAGUCAAGAAUACGAAUUAUUCACAAUGCAGCCUGGAGAAUCAAUCCUCAACUUGCAAAAAAGAUUCGUGCAUUUGACAAAUCAUUUAAAAGCACUUGGUAAGACUCUUACUAAUGAUGAACUUAAUCUUAAAGUGUUUAGAUCUUUAACCAGGGAAUGGCAACCAAAAGUGACGGCAAUAUCCGAGAAGAAAAGUCUAUCCACAAUGACUUCUGCAACGCUGUUCGGAAAACUUCAAGAAUAUGAGACAGAACUUAGAAGACUUGAAAAGCAUGAGAAUCAAGAAAAAAAAUCUAAAGGGAUUGCAUUAAAGGUUGAUUCCAAGGAAGAUGGAAAAGAUAAUCCGGAGGAAGACAAGGACUUCAUGCAUCUUGUAAAACGGGUAGGUAAAUUUCUUAUUAAUAAUGAUAAUUCUAACUUUGUGAAAAAGAAGAAAUUUUUUGACAAGAAGGAAGCAUCUACAUCCACACAAAAUAUCAUUUGUUAUGAAUGUGGGCAACAAGGACACAUAAAGACGGAUUGUCCAAAUCUUGCAAAGAAAGAGAGCGAAGAAUAUGCAAAUCUUGCACUAAUGGCAUCACAUCAUUCUGAUGAUGAAAGUGAAGAGGUUAGUAGUAAAUCUUCUUCUUAUAAUAAUGAUUAUCAAGGUGCUAUUAAUGAAUUACUUAAUGAAUGUAAAAUUCUAUAUAAAACGGUGUCAACACAAAAGAAACAAAUUUUAUCUCUUGAAGAAAAGAUUGACACCAUGGAAAAGAAUUUUGAAAAUGAAAAACAAAGUUAUAUUGAAAGAGAAAAACAGAAUUUUACAUGCAAAGAGUGUGAUUCACUUUCCUUCCAAAUUGUCCAAUUGAAAAGAGUUCUUGAAAGAUAUGAAAAAGGACAAGUUGGAUUGGACAAUAUCCUUAGUCAACAAAGAUUUUCUAAUGAUAAAAGUGGACUUGAUUAUUCUAAUUUUGACAAACCAAGUACAAGUAAAACUAUCUUUGUUAAGGCAAUUGAUCAAUCCACCAAAGAGAAAGUGAAUAAAGCACCAAAAGUUCAUCAUUAUCCUAAGAAAAGAUUUUCUAAAAAGAAAUCCUAUAUUCCUAGAUAUAGAAGUAAUUUUGUUCCUACUUAUUUUUAUUGUGGUAUAAGUGGCCAUACUCCUAAUGCUUGCUAUGUAAGGAACAUUGGUGUUCCUAAUGGGGAGUAUAUAUGGAUAAAGAAAGGAACUAACCCAAGAGGACCCAAAGAAAAAUGGGUACCUAGAAAAUAUUAUUAA